UCUUUUUUUUUUCUAACGGGAACGGAAAAGAGGACAGAAGAAUAAAUAAGGUUAUGUUCAACAACUUAAGGAUUUUAAAUUUAAAAUGUGUAUAAAUUAAAUUUAUUUUAAUUUUCGUUGGACAAGAUGGUGAAACUAUCUAAUGCACGUGUUAAUUUUAAUCCAAAAUUACUGAAAAAGCUUACACAGAAGGAAAACUCUGGAGUGGAAGUUCAUACAACAGUUCAACAUUUAGCAAUAUACCCACAUCAAUUAAAUAAUUUCAAUGAUUCUGUUAAAGGACUGUUGAAUGCGAAAAUAGCUAAAUACAAUAAAACAUUUAACGGUAUUUUGCUUGGCUACAAAAACAUUAAACUACUAAAAGAUGGUGGAGUUAUUCAAGAUGAUUCAUACUACAUCCACUUCGACUUGCAAGCUGAUUUCUAUAUUUUCAAACCUGAAAUAGGCAAAAUUAUGGAAGGUGUUGUGAAAAGAAAAAGUAAAGACCAUAUUGGAGCUCUUGUAUAUGAAGCAUUCAAUGUCUCAAUCCCAUUAACAAGUGAUGAUGAUGAAGAAGAAUUAGGGAAUACAGUGAAGGUGGGAGAUACAGUUACUUUUCAGAUAAUAUAUAUCAAUCUUACCUCACGUUUGCCGUAUAUUCGUGGAAGACUUAUGUCAGAAACAACUGAAACAGAAACAAAUGAAAUAUCAGAAAUAAAAAUAAAGAAAAGGAAGAAGAAAUCUAAAACGGAAACAACUGAAACAGAAACAAAUGAAACAACAGAAACAAAAGUAAAGAAAAAGAAAUCUAAAACCAAAGAGAAAAAAGUUGAAGAAAUGGAAGAUGAUUAGUAUGUGUUUUAUAUACAAUAAGAAAAAUAAACAUUUUGCUGUGAUUUACUUUCUACACUCUUGCAUUUAAUUUUUGUAUAUGAUCAAUAAGAACAUUCUUAAUAUAAUUAAUUUUCUAUUUA